CAUAUUUCCGGUCAUGUUAUGUUCUCCUCCAUUGGUUUGUUUAAAAACACCCCGUGCCCACGCCAGGACGAUUGCUCUCUGCCAAAAUGUAUCUUUGCCCACCUGAUCUCGGACUCUACUGCUGCGCCACUUGGCGGCUUGGCCAAGGAGUACGACCCGUUCAGUGCCGGCGAUGUAGCAGAACCACCACCGAAACGAAGACGGGUUGAAUCACCUGGGGCAGAGAAUGCAACACUGAGAUCUGUGAAGCUGCGCGUAGAGCCGGCAAACAGUCAUCCCUCUCUUAAACCAACGGGCAAUGGCGCUGAAGGUUUGACACCAACCGUUCGUCGUAGUGAAAAUGUCACAGCCAGCGUCAAGGAAGGCUCUUCAGCCAAACCUCAACAACGGAAGGAGUCGCCUAAGUCGAUGCAAAGACCUAUAUCUCCACCCUUAAAACGGCAAACCAAGGAUGAACCAACAACAGCGAAGCCUAGCGCGCAGCGAACGAUCAAGGUUGAGCCUCUAACCCCUCGCAAAGUGUCUAAAGCUCCAGCUGUAUUUAAGACGCGGGUGACGGUCCUCCAAGCACUGCACAAGCAAGUAUGUGACCAGAAUCAAAAGAUGAUAGCCAAGAAGGAUGCUUCUACAGACGCCCGUUUGACAAACCAAGAGGCUAUCACGUUUGCUCUCGACGAAGAAGAACUUGCCACUAGAUUAGGCGAAGAUAUAUAUCGCAAUACCAUGGCGCAGAAGGUCCUACGCAUCAAAAAGAUGACAUCAGAUGAGUGGAUCCAGAGAGUGAAAGAGUGGAAAACGCCCGUCAACGUCAAAAGUGAUGUUGAAGCCGCUUCAAACCCCGCCAUCCCUGGAAAGGGCCUGUCUUCGGACGAAGAGGUCGCAAUUCUCCCCCAUCUUCAGACAUCGCUGAUCGGCUAUGAAAAAUACGGCUACGUGACACAAGUAGUUCCCAAGAGCGAGAUCAAAGCUGCCAUGGCUGCCGCCUCGUCAGCUGGGGGCUACGAAGUUUGCGACCGAUGUGGAACAAGAUUCCAAGUCUUUCCCGGCAGAGAUGAACAUGGGCGGCUUACAAGCCACGGAACAUGUCGCCACCAUUGGGCCAAACUGAAUCGAGCUCCGACCUCCAAGUCAACAAAGAUACUAGGCCAGUCAGAGGCCACCUUCCCUUGCUGCGGCCAAGCACCUGGGAGCGAAGGAUGCACCGAGGGUGAAACGCAUGUCUUUAAUGUGAAGGAUCCAAAGAGACUUAGUCUUAUUCUACCAUUCGAGACCACUCCUGGUGCAAAGGACGAGGCGGCCAAAUCACCAUUGGCAUUCGACUGCGAAAUGGGUUACACCACGCUCGGGAUGGAAGUCAUUCGAGUCACCGCGGUACGUUGGCCGAGUGGCCAGCUUGUUCUUGACGUUCUCGUGCGCCCCUUCGGAGAGAUACUCGACCUGAAUACAAGAUUUUCUGGAAUUCACCAAGAAGCAUUUGCAGCAGCUCCCGAAUACAAACCAGGGCUGGAAUAUGACCCCGAAAAGGAUGGCCUCCGUAAGGUGGCAUCGCCCGCUGUUGCCCGACAGCUCCUGUUCGAUCACCUCACACCAAACACGGUUCUCAUGGGCCACGCCAUCGAUAAUGAUCUCAACGUUUGCCGUAUAAUUCACCCCAUGAUUGUUGAUACAGUCAUCUUGUUCCCCCAUCCCAGAGGUCUUCCUUAUCGGCAAUCUUUGAAAUAUCUCGCCCAAAAAGUCCUCAACAGGGGAAUUCAGAUGGGAGGUGCCGAGGGCCAUGAUUCUAAAGAGGAUUCUAUUGCCACCGGCGACUUGGUACGGAAAAAGGUUGCUGAGAGGUGGUCUUUGAUGUAUCAUGAAGGCUGGAGGUUUGUGGAUGGAAAACCCACACAAGGGCAAUCUACACAGCAUCCGGAUUCACAAGCAACACAAUGAUACGAGGUAGCUCUAUCAAACCUUUUUGGUCUUAUAUGGAAAUAUCAACUAAAGUCAGGGCAUUGGAGUCAUCAG